AUAUGGCCUUUCCUGCUUGGGGUUUAUCCGUGGAAUGCAACCGAGGACGAGGUGGAUCGAAUGAGCCAAGAGAAUGAACGGCUCUAUCAGAUCGCACUGGCUGAGUGGCGAAAUGCGCAGUACUGGAUCAAGGACCCGGACAAACCGGAAGCCGUUGCACAACCAUUUGGUCCACGAAACAUUGUUGUGCGUAAUGGUCAGGGAUCAUGUGAUUCUGCCCGCACAAACAAUCCUUUGUCUUCGCCCCAAGACACAAUGAAACUAGAUGAGAGUUUGAGUGUCACAUCCCGGGAUGCUUGUCAGUCGACCUCGCCCGAUCCACAAAGCCCGACCAUGAAUGGUAUCGUACAUGAGCUUUCGGGUUCCCCCAACCCUGUUAGUCCUGUCCACGAAGCGAACACAUCCAAUUCGCUUACACCAACCGCCACCUCGGAUGAUCUUGUGACCCCAGCGGCAGAUCGACAGAAGAAAUUCAAUUUUGACCAGCUGGUAAAUGGGACCACAACAACAAGCGAGCACAUUACACCUCGUUUGGAAUUCUCUCCAGACUCGGGAACAUCGAUUGACAUGGAGUCCGAGGGAGCGGCAGAUUUCGAAUUACCCGACGAACCUCCCUAUUCCGAUGACAUCUUGGAUGCACUUGGUAUCAAUCUGUACCGAAUCGACAAAGACGUGUCGCGAUGUGAUCGGAAUCAUAGCUUCUUCGCCAAUCCGAAAAAAGAUCUCACCUCAGAUGACCUCAACAAAAUCCAAUUGGAGUCCGACUUUUCCGAACUGAAUGACAAUCUUAACAAAUUGCGCAAUGUAAUUUGCACCUGGGUCUGGCUCCAUUUAGAUGCCGGAUAUAUACAAGGCAUGUGCGAUCUAUUGGCUCCGCUGUUGGUCGUUUUGGAGGAUGAAAGUUUAACUUAUGCCUGUUUUUGUCGUCUGAUGGAAUGGAUGUUGCCCAACUUCCCCGUAUCCAAAGCCACAUCGCCACCUGCAUCCAGCCGGACAAGAUUGCCCGUGUCCUGUUCUUCAACUAACAGCGCAGUGACUGAAACACCCGCAGCUGCACCGGUCAGACCCACACUGUUAUCCUUAGUCCAGAAGCACACGAAUGGAAGCUCGUCCCCAGUCAGUCCAGCUCCAUCUAACGAUUCCGUCAAUUUGAUUGACGAGGGCUGUUCUGAUGUUGAUCGCUCCUCAUCUGUGAAGAUUCUGCUACCUCAGUCAGUCCGUGUCCCCACAGUCCCGUCACCGUACGCCUCGGCUUUGGCCUCAUCCGAUGUGAAUUGUAUGGAUCUACGAUUUUCUAACCUAAAAGCUCUGAUAGAAGUUUUCGAUCCGGAAUUGUUCCAAUUUCUUACAGAAAAAUCGAUGGAUUCACAAUUUUAUUUUUGCUAUCGAUGGUUACUUUUGGAUUUCAAACGAGAAUUCAAAUACGAAGAUGUGUUUGCCAUUUGGGAGGUGAUUUGGACAUCCAGACGAUUGGUGGCCUAUGAUUUCGGAGUAUUCUUUGCGCUGGCUCUUUUACAAUAUUAUCGUGAUAUUAUUCUGUAUUACGAUAUGGACCUGACUGAAAUUAUUCGAUUUUACAACGAAUUGACGGAACAGCACAGUACCAAAGCGUUGUUGGAUUUGGCGCGCAGUUUGGUUUUUCAAAUGCAAAAUAUUCUCCAUGACAGCUGA